AUCGUGAGUCGGGUUGCGGGAGAGGGCGAGGGGCACGGUGGGUUUCGAGCGCCCAGGCCGGGGCCGGUGCUCAAAGGACGAGCUUCCUCGGCGGGGCACGCCUUCAGGACCGUAGCGGGGUUUGGAGCAAUCGAAGCCCGCGCCCCGGGCCUCCCCACGGGCGCCUCCGGUAGCAGCGAUGCGGAGCGCGGGACCGGUCGCUGCAGGCUUGACCUGUGACUUUUUUCCUCGGUGGCGUUUCUAAGGACGGAGGCUCGCGGUGCGGGUAGCCCAGGCUGGCUUUGGGCUCCCCACAGUCCUGCCUCCGCCUUCCUAACCAAUACAGCAGUGAGCCGCCGCGCGCAUCUAAUCCUCUGGUUUCUUUGGGUCUUUGGUCUCGCUUCCAAAACAGCGACCCAGGAGCUCUGCUCGCUCUGUCACAGCCUGCUCCCCAGUCGGAGGGAUAGGCUGCUGUAGCCCCAUCUCUGUAGAGGGCGUGAAGACCGGCGGCCAAGUGGAGCAUCGAGCUCCGUGCCUCGGAGACACAGGUUCUCAGGAUUGAAGGAACAGUUGCUCGAUAGCAAUUGUGUAGAGCAAGGCUGGCUGCCUCAAGGCCUUGACAGUUACUAGUACACUAACCGAACCGGCCCUGUGCUCCGUCCAGCCUCCACCAAGCGCUGCGAUUGUUCGGGCCCACCACUGGGCAGCUGACGGGUGGGAUGCAGGCUUGCUCCAGUCUCGGCCUUCCUGAUGCCACUAUUGCCAGCCCUGCAAGUCUCCCUUGCAGCCAGAGAGGAGACUGAUCUGGCACUUGACUCACACUGCACCCCAAGUACUGCCAGGGGAGUCUCGGUACCCGCACCCGGAGACCUCACUCAGCUGUUUUGAGAGUGCUAGGCCUCAUACAAGAAUCGGCCGCCCUCGGGCCGUGGCGGUGCCUUUACAGAGACAGGUGGAUCUCAGACUUCCAGGCCAGCUGGGGCUAUACAGAGAAAGCCACCCUGUCUCGAAAACCCGAAAGAGAACAAAAGGAUGCCAGCUCAGCAUGCAGCUGGCCAUCGGCUGCUGGCCUUAGCACCCCAAGAGGUGUAGGCCGUCCAAGAUGACAGCCAGCACCCUGGGACUCGUUGCCAUCGCUGCGUCCCUGUGAGUCACACAUGGCGUGGUGAAUCCACUGAGGAAAUGGACUUGGAUCAGCUGGACCUAAACCCCAGAAUUAUUGCUGCGGUUAAAAAGGGUAGACUGAAGUCAGUGAAAGAGGUUCUGCGCUACUCGGGACCAGACCUACAGCGGCUCACCAGGCUGCCCAGCCACGACGUGCAGCGCCUGCUGAGGGCAGCCUCUCUCCACCUCCGGGGAAGCUGUGUCCUUACAGCGCUGCACCUGUUCCAGCGGACGGAGAGCUUCCCCGGGCAGCACCGACACCUCAGCCUGGGCUGCCCUGUCCUGGACCGGUUCCUGGGUGGUGGCUUGCCCCUGGAGGGCAUCACUGGCCUGGCUGGCCGCAGCUCAGCAGGAAAGACCCAGCUGGCGCUACAGCUCUGCCUGGCCGUGCAGUUCCCACGACAGUACGGAGGCCUGGAGGCUGGGGCUGUCUACAUCUGUACAGAGGACGUCUUCCCCAGCAAGCGGCUGCGGCAGCUCACUCAGCAGCAGCAGCAGCUCCGGACGGACGUGCCUGCGGAGGUGACCCGGAAGAUCCGGUUCAGCAACCACAUCUUCAUCGAGCACGCAGCUGACGUGGAUACUUUGUUGGAGUGUGUGAGCAAGAGGGUCCCCAUUCUGCUGUCAAGGGGCAUGGCCCGCCUGGUGGUGGUGGACUCUAUUGCAGCCCCAUUUCGUUGUGAGUUCGAUUCUCAGGCCUCAGCUGUCAGGGCCAAGCACCUGCAGUCACUGGGGGCCACGCUUCGGAGACUGAGCAGCACCUUCCGGAGCCCCGUGCUGUGCAUCAACCAGGUGACAGAAAUGGUGGAGGACCAAGAGUCUGCGUCCGGGCCACUGGGGGCCUGUGACGAGCACCUCUCUCCAGCCCUUGGCAUCACCUGGGCCAACCAGCUCUUGAUGCAACUGAUGGCCGACCGGGUCCGUGAAGAUGGUGCCACCAUGGGCUUGCCCAAAAGCCCCACUCGGACUCUACGUGUGCUCUUCGCUCCUCACCUGCCCCUCUCCUCCUGUGGCUACACAGUCAGUGGGGAAGGCAUCCGAGGGAUGCCGGGGACUGAGGCCUACGAACAGUAGACCAGUGGACACGCUAACCAGGUCAAGAGGCCCUGAGGAGUCCUUCCCACAGCCAGUGUCACGGCAGCUGGUGAGCAGAGACGCCCUCUCCGCCCUGGGGUUCACCUACUGCUGGCCUUCGAGCUGAGCCUCCCAUCCUGCCCCUCAGACGAGGAUGGUGGCCCGGGGUGUACCCCUCAGCUGCUUUGCCUGGGACUGAGUCAGCAGCUGCCCGCCGGGCCUCCCCUCCCGCAGGGUGCUCUCAGCUCUCCCCACCCCCCCACGCACACGCACACACACACAGGCAUGCACACACACACACGCGCACGCACACAUGCACGCACACACUCGCAUGCACACGCACGCACACACACGAGCACACACGCACACAGUGACACCCAGCACUCGGGCAGAUGGGACCCGCAGUGUGCUCUCCCCACACAUACACAACCUUCGGGGGCAAAGGAAAGAAGACACGCUGAGGAAGGGCAAUGGGACUGGCCUGCCUCAGGCCAAACAGCUUUGGGCAACUUCAGAAAGGGACGCCAGGAAACAUGCUUGUGCGUUUCAUUUCGGCCCGGCUAAGUCUGUCCAGCAACCCAGGCUCGGCAGCGGUUCAGGCUGGAGGGCACUACAGAGCACCUGACAGGACUACGCAUGCUUGGCCGGAGGCCAGCCUCCUGCUGACAUCUGCUGUGGACCCAGACUCACCAUCACGUGGGCUUGAGGCUCAACAGUCACCAGUGAAUGUGGCCUCUGAAAGCAGUGCUGUGGUGCCAAAGCCCUGUGCUUCCAGCCUGCCUGGCAGCACAGGCUCCCCCCACCAACUGUGCCAAGUGGACCCACAUGGGGUCAUGGGCCCUCUGAGCCAACGAGUCUUGUUGCUCCAGUGGUGAGUCCUCAGCCGGGACACCACCGUCACUGUCCCCAUUCCAUAGGGCGAACAACACUUACGGUGUGUACCAUGACAUCUCCAGGGUGGCCCGACCCUGGACUGAGCCUGACAAGCCUCCAGAGCCACUGUGGCCCCCACUGCUCCUUAGCCAUUCUGCACGUUAAACCGAGGGCCUCCUACAGGCGCCGAAGGUGCUCUCCCCUAAGCUACAAGCCCAGCCUACCCCUGGCCCUGAAAGCCUGAGACACUGGCAUAAAUGAUGGGACAUGGCUGCCUGGGGUGGACUGGGUUUAUACAGAACAGCUUCUCAAAACUGGAGAGCUUUAUA